CAUUUCUUAAGUUACUUGUUCAUUAACUUUGCGCAUGACAAUGGAAAUUUUGUGACGUCCAGGUACAGAAAUCUAAAAACUGCUAUAUAUCGGGCAUUCCUUGGAUAACGAACUUCACGUUACCGGUGUAAUCGAAUAAAAAAUCUACCUAGAGUCUUCAGUACUUUGUGACAAUUCAAAAAGAAAAGUCGCCAUGGAGAAGAUGUCGAAAGGAGAUACCCUGGCCAUGCGGAAUAAGUAUAUUGGGAAAUCAUGUCAGCUGUUUUUCCGUCAGGAUCCAUUGAAAGUUGUAAGAGCACAAGGGCAAUAUAUGUAUGAUGAAAAAGACAAAGCAUACUUGGAUUGCAUCAACAAUGUAGCACACGUCGGUCAUUGCCAUCCAAAAGUAGUUGAGGCUGGGUGCAAGCAAAUGAAGCUGCUCUACACAAAUAAUCGUUAUCUUCAUGAUAAUAUAGUAAUAUGUGCGAAACGUCUUAUAGAAACUAUGCCAAAAGAUUUGAACACAUGUUUUUUCGUGAACUCUGGGUCAGAAGCUAAUGAUUUAGCCAUAAGAUUGGCUCAAAUACAUACAGGGAAUAAGGAUAUAAUCGCCUUUGAAGGAGCAUACCAUGGCCACUUGACAUCCUUGAUUGAUAUUUCUCAUUAUAAAUUCAGUUUACCAGGAGGAACUGGCCAAAAGGAUCACGUGCAUUUGGCCUCUCUACCCGAUACUUACCGCGGAAAAUACAACACACUCGAAUACAAAGAGGAAGACAUAAGCCAUCUUUAUGCUCAAGAUGUUAAGGAAAUUUGUCAGACAGUGAAAAAUGAGAAAAAUGCGGGAAUUUGCGCUUUCAUCCACGAAAGUUUGGUCUCGUGCGGUGGACAGGUCAUUCUCCCAAGAAAUUACCUGAAAGAAACUUACCAACACGUGAGGAAUCAUGGAGGAGUUUGCAUUGCUGAUGAAGUGCAAGUUGGAUUUGGCAGGACAGGUAAACACUGGUGGGCUUUCGAGCUCCAGAAUGUUGUUCCAGAUAUUGUUACUAUCGGUAAACCCAUGGGCAAUGGACAUCCUGUUGCUGCUGUCAUCACAACGAAGAGGAUAGCUGAAAGUUUUGAAGCGACAGGGGUGGAAUAUUUCAAUACGUACGGUGGAAACCCGGUAUCAUGUGCUAUUGCAAAUGCUGUGAUGGAUGUAAUAGAGGACGAAAGACUGAUGGAGAAUGCAUGUAUUGUUGGAGAGUACCUCAAGAAAAGAUGUAUGAAACUUAAGGGAAAAUAUUCAGUUAUUGGAGAUGUCAGAGGUAUUGGACUGUUUUUGGGAAUCGAAAUUGUUGAAAACAAGACGAAUAGAAAACCAAAUCCGGAAGCAGCAACUCUGAUUCAUAAAUGGAUGAAGGAGCAUCACAUAUUACUGAGCGUAGAUGGACUGGAAAAGAACGUCAUCAAAAUAAAGCCUCCUAUGGUAUUCUCAGAGGAAAAUGCGGAUGAAGUCGUCUCCACACUUGACAGGGUGCUUGCAAGACUGGAAGGAUCGGACGAUUUGUCAAAGGACAAUGGAUUUGCCGAUAGCGGCUGUCCCGAGAUGAACAAAUAGGGUGACAUCUGUUUUGAUUCAAAGGAAACACAUUGGAAUCAAGAAUUCCGGUCAAUAUAUUCAGGGUGGCUGUUCACAGCUUCCAUAUUUGGCGAUAAAACGAUCUGAUCACUACACUGAUUUCAUCAGAUAAAAGUUUUGCUGGCGCCUACGACGUAGCACCGUUUUCUUUUACUAAGUUCCUACGAUAGUUUCCGACUGACUUCUACUACUUCAUCAGCGUCAAUAGGCUUUUUUGAAAGAAAAAUUCAGCACUUCCAUUCACGAAAACCCUAAAAGGAAAAUAUUUCCGGCUGUGUAUGAAAUGGGUAAUCUGUAUAUUCUUAGCCUUGCCUAGUAUAAUAGAAGAGUCGCCAUUAUUUCUACUUUAAUCGUCGUAUUCUUAAUUUUCUGUAGUUUUAUGAAGGAUCUCGUUUCACUAUGUUAAACGAAUCAUUCUACUCUAAGUUAUUUUUUUAAAUACUCGUCUACCUAGAAUUAGUUUGUAUUUCCAUUGAUUUUGUAUAAAUAAAGUUUUGAAUUUUC